GUGAUCGCAAGUGACAUAUUUAUAUGACAUUUAAUUUUUAGGUUAAGAUUUUCAUAUGUUCAUUCAAAAUAUAAAAAAAAAUAAUGGAAAACCUACAAAAUGAAAAUAAAAAAGAAAAAGUUGGAGCUGAUGGUUUAACAAAAAAAGAAAGAAGGGCCCAAAAAGAAAAAUCAACAGCACAAAAUACAACUUCGCCCGAUAUAAGUGAUAAUAAGGAAAGUUCAACUAAAGUUAUGACAGAAAAAGAACAGAGAAGACUUGAAUGGGCAAAAAAACUAAAAGAACAAAACGCAAAGGAAAAUGAAAAAAAUAUGAGUAAAGCUGAGCUGAAAGCUAAAAGACGGGAACAACAAGAAGCGCAAAGACAAAAAAAAAGCGAACUAGUUGCCACGAAAUUAUCACCAGCGAAAGAAAGUAGCACAACUAAGCCUGAAUUAGUACAGAAACAGGAAAUUAGUAAUAAAUCUCCUCAAAAAAAGUUUAUACCGAAAAAGGAAAGUAGGAAAGUGAAUGAUACGCAUAAAGUGCAGCUGGUGCAGCAUUUGUAUAACGAAAAAUCGUUAAAAGUUGAAAAUAAAAUAUUAGCAGUGCAUCCAGAAAUUCAUCCGGUGUUCAUCAAAUUAGGUGUGCAAUAUAAUAAACAAAUAGUACUCGGUUCGAACGCUAGAUGUUUAGCACUACUAGUUGCUCUCAAAUACGUAAUAGCAGAUCUUAAAUCUCCCCCGAAACAAGAAUUUUGUAGAUAUUUAGAAAGCGUACUCCAGACCUCGGCGGCACAUCUACAUUCUUGUAGACCUUUAGCAGUGUCAAUGACGAACGCUUUGAGAUACUUCAAAUUACAGCUGACCCAGAUUGACACCAAUCUAAAAGAUACCGAAAAGAAAAUUAAAUUACAAGAAAUAAUCGAUACUUAUAUCCACGACGAUAUCCGUAAAGCGAGCGACGCUAUAAGUAUGAAAGUUAGAGAGAAAAUUAGCAAUGGAGAUGUCAUUUUGACAUACGGAUGUUCUUCAUUGAUUACGAAAAUUUUAUUGGAAGCCAAAAACGACGGUAAAAAAUUUAAAGUGAUAAUAGUAGACGGUCGACCGCUUCUAGAAGGCAGGGAAUUAUUGAGAAGAUUAGUGGUAGCCGGAUUGGAUUGCAGCUACGUUCUCAUAAACGCAAUUAGCUACGUUAUGAAUACCGUGACUAAAGUUAUUUUAGGGGCGCACGCUAUUUUGACGAACGGUUACGUUAUGUCCCGGAUAGGUACUGCGCAAGUGGCUAUAGUCGCCAGGGAAUACAAUAAACCCGUGCUAGUUUGUUGCGAAACCUACAAAUUUAGCGAAAGGGUGCAAACAGAUUCGUUUGUGUACAACGAAAUCGGUGAUCCGGAUAAAUUGAGUGUAACUCACGUGAACGAAACGCCUACUUCGUUGUCGAAAUGGAAGGAUAUACAAAAAUUGACACCUUUGAAUAUUUUGUACGAUGUCACUCCUCCGGAUUUAGUUACGGCUGUUGUUACCGAAAUCGCUAUUUUGCCUUGUACAAGUGUCCCGGUUGUUUUAAGGAUCAACGCCAGUGAAACUUCAUGAACUUACCGAUGGGGGUUUUAUUUUUAUAAUGAAAUUUCGAAAAUCCGAUAAAGAUAAAAAAAGUGAAAUGUACGUGUACAGUUUUCCUAUAAUAAAAAUUUUUUUCAUCCUU